UUCAAAAUGGCGGACGGCGUCUCAGAAGCCGCUGUGUCGGACAGAUGAACACAACAAUCCUCGCAGACAACAACACCAGCCUUCGGCGCGCAGGAUGUCGGCUCACCGCGGACGCCCGACAUUAACGCCCUGAGCCGGGCGUGUGGCAGUCAGCGCUACCGGUGUCCGCGGCUAAGAUGCUAGCUCCCUCGGCCAAGAAGAAGAACAAAACCCGCCGCCGCUGCUGCGCUGCUGGGCCGAAGGAGCAGGGUCGCGCUGGCCGGCGGGCCUGAGGCUUAUGGCGGCGACGAGGGAGCGCGGAGGCCGCUUGGUCGUCGACGUGAACGAGAACGAAGAAGACGAAGCGCGACGACUCAAAUGCGCCCUGGCACUCCGACAAGGAGGUGACGUCAGCGCGGGUCAUGAUGCUGAGGUCGACCACGACGGUACCGGCGCCGACGGAAGGUCACCUGAGCACCGCCUCACCUGCCUGAACGGAACCACUGAGUCAUGGCGUGACGAGGAAGGAGGAGGCGGGCCCGGCGUCGCCGCUUCCUGUCCGGCUGUGACACCGGCGACGUCGCGGCACGCUGGGAAGAACCGGGCGAGCCCGGCUGGGGAGGAGGAUACGGACGGGUUCGGUGGGCCCCCAUGUUUGGGAACAAAGUCUCAAGCAAGCAUGCCUAACGGGGAUGCGGAUCACUGUGGUCCUCACACAGACCUAUGUGGUCCUCACGCAGACCUUUGUGGUCCUCUAGCAGACCAUUGUGGUCCUCUAGCAGACCAUUGUGGUCCUCUAGCAGACCAUUGUGGUCCUCUCGCAGACCAUUGUGGUCCUCUCGCAGACCAUUGUGGUCCUCUCGCAGACCAUUGUGGUCCUCUCGCAGACCAUUGUGGUCCUCAAGCAGACCAUUGUGGUCCUCUAGCAGACCUUUGUGGUCCUCUAGCAGACCAUUGUGGUCCUCUAGCAGACCAUUGUGGUCCUCUAGCAGACCAUUGUGGUCCUCUAGCAGGCCAUUGUGGUCCUCUAGCAGACCAUUGUGGUCCUCUAGCAGACCAUUGUGGUCCUCGCGCAGACCUUUGUGGUGCUCGCGCAGACCUUUGUGGUCCUCUAGCAGACCAUUGUGGUCCUCUAGCAGACCUUUGUGGUCCUCGUGCAGACCACAAAGAACCGAGACAAGUCAACGGGGGCUUCCAUGCUUACGAAGAAGCCCAGUCCGGUGUUUGGAGCUCAGGUGACUGCAGCGGGGGUUCGGCCGGCCCGCCCGCCUCUGUGGACUCGCCGGGGGCCGGACCGCCUUCCCCCGCCCCGUCCGCCGCCUCGGGACUGAGCGAGGACAGCUCGCCGUCCGAGCAGGACUGUUCCGGGCCCGGUUUGGUCGGCCGGCCUCGUAGUCUGAGGACCGAGCCGAACCUCGCCGUGUCCCUCAGCUGUGACGCCACCCCGCUGUCCCCCGCCGACGACGGGGGGUUCGGUUUCGGGGACCAGGGCGACUUUCGGAACACUUUUGAGACGGGCCGCCGGCAAAGUGCACCGGACCAGCUACCGGUUCUCAACACGCAGCUGGACUGCUCUGAGUCCAAACUGAUGCCCAAGAGGUUCGGAAUAGCUGAUUUCUUCACCAGGAGCCUGUUUUCGAAGAGAGCCAAAGACUCCAAGGCGUCGGCCCACAAUGCAUCAGGCAGGCGAGCGUUUAACAAGCCCAGGGAGGAGGACGCCGCCAAAGACUCCGCCCCCUCCUCCACAGAGCAGCUGUCUCCUCAGCGCCCUCUAGCUGCCGGUAGGAAGAAGAACCUGGAGUUUGAGCCACUCUCCACCACAGCACUCAUCCUGGAGGACCGGCCGCCGAACCUUCCUGCCAAGUCUGUGGAGGAAACGCAGAGACACAAACUGGAGUAUGAGGAGAUGGUGGCCGGCGCCAAGAGGAGAGAGCUGAAGGAGGCGCAGAAGAAGAAGCGUCAGAUGAAGGAGCGACAUCGCCACGAGGACAGCAUCUCCAACGCCAUGGUGGUCUGGAACACCCAGAUCCUCCCCCACUGGGACACAAUGAAGGGUACGCGGCGUGUCAGGGAUCUGUGGUGGCAGGGGCUUCCUCCCAGCGUGCGAGGUCGGGUGUGGAGCCUCGCCAUCGGCAACGAGCUCAACAUCACAGCAGAACUCUACGACAUCUUCCUGUGUCGCGCCAAGGAGAAGUGGAGGAGCUACAGCGAGACCAGCUCCGUCAACGACAGUGAGAGCGACGGGGGGGCCUCACUGGCCGACAGAGAGUCCAGUCUAGACCUCAUCAAGCUGGACAUUUCCAGAACCUUCCCGUCGCUCUUCAUCUUUCAGAAGGGCGGUCCCUAUCACGACCUCCUCCACAGCGUGCUGGGAGCGUACACCUGCUACAGACCUGACAUCGGAUACGUGCAAGGAAUGUCCUUCAUCGCUGCCGUGCUCAUCCUCAACCUGGAGGAGGCCGAGGCCUUCAUCACCUUCGCCAACUUGCUGAAUAAACCUUGUCAGAUGGCCUUCUUCAGAGUGGACCACGAGCUGAUGUUGAAAUAUUUUGCCGUCUUCGAGGUGUUCUUCGAGGAGAACCUGCCUCGUCUCUUCAGCCACUUCCAGACCAACAAGUUGACCCCUGACCUCUACCUGAUCGACUGGAUCUUCACGCUGUACAGCAAGUCCCUCCCGCUGGACGUGGCGUGCCGCGUCUGGGACGUCUUCUGCCGGGACGGCGAGGAGAGCUUGUUCAGGACGGGUUUGGGCAUCCUGCGACUGUUCGAGGACGUGCUGCUGCAGAUGGACUUUAUCCACAUCGCCCAGUUCCUCAGCCGCCUGCCCGAAGACCUGCAGGCCCACACGCUCUUCGCCGCCAUGGCCAGCACGCACAUGAUCAGCAGGAACCGCCGCUGGGCUCAGGUCUUUUCUUCGCCGCCGCCGAGGAACCGGAGCAAAGACGGCGAGAAGAACGGGAGCCCCGCCCUGAGAAGCUGAACGCGGCAGGAAGUGGUGGCGCGACGUCCUUCCUCCCGGUGGGUCACGGACCUUCUUUGUGGUGCUCAGACAUUCUUUUUUUCCUUAGCGUCCGCUAGCUGCAGCUCAGCCAGGACAGGAGGAAGGUUGCAAAGCAGCAUUAUGACUAACAUGUGAUUGUACAGCUGUGCUCUUUUCUUACCAGGGUGGCCAGCAAACAUGUCAAUAAAAGGUCAGCAAAGUGACGGGUCAACUAACAAAAUGUCUUGUUACUAACCUCAUGCUUUUAUUUCUUAUUUCUCCUUCCUGUCGUGCGCUCUCCCCACUGCUGUGCACAGCCGCCACCACUAGAGGGCGACCAAGUCAACGUUUGGACUUUUUGAACUUUUAAGGGACAUUUUUUAAGGAUGAAGGUCAUCAUGCAGCUCCAUAGAGGCAAGUAAUAGAUUACAGUUACUUUUGUAACAGUAUUGUUUACCUUGGAGUGUGCCGACCUUUCACUUCCUGUCCGUGCCGGGCGGUCAUUUUUCAAAAUAAAAGCGUCCGCGGCGUCUGAACGUGUCCUUAUGGUGGGCGUGUGGGCGUGCGUCUCCACGGCGACGGGAGAGCUGAGGUAUUUUGCCUCCGACCGAGUAUUUGGCAAGCAGUCUGGGGUCUUUCCUGUGGGGGCGG